AUGGGGCUCCUGAACUUGGCGCCGGAAGCUCCCUCUGCCCGGGUCCAGUUUCUGGAUGCGCGCCGCCCGUGUGGAGCCGCGGGUGGGCAGGCCGGCGAAUGGGAGAGUUUGGCCGGGGAGGGGGGCGUCUGUCACACCCGGCUUCCGCAGCACAUGGUCCCUGUCAUUGAACCCCUGUCCCCACUGUCUCCCCACCCCCGCCCCCAGGCUGCUCCCUCGAGCCGAGCCAUCCGAGACUGCAUGGAGAUUCUGCAGAGGCAACUUCAUCCAGCUUCUGAAGAACUUCUAAUGGUUGUGCAAGAAAUGAAAAAAUACUUCCCAUCAGGGAGACACAGUAAGCCAAGCACCGUCGAUGCCCUCAACUAUGCCCUUUGCUGCAUACACAGUGUACAAGCAAACAGUGAGUUUUUCCAGACUCUCAGUCAGCGUGGAGCACCUUGCGCAGCUGCGACCGCGUACGGCCUCGAGGAGCUGGCCACGGCUGCUUUGGGGUACGCUUCCAAAAACCCAGAGACCUUUGUGGCAGUGUUUUCAUUUCUGUCUGGAAGGUUAGUGCACAUUUCUGAACAGGCUACUUCAGUCCCGAAUUUCUUGGAGUCUUCUCACUUUGUGGAACUGCUUGCUCCUCAAGAUGUGAGGGUGUUCUGUGCACACACUGGCCCCGCUCAGCUUCCCGCCUGGAACCCAAAGAGGUAAUGGGACCAAUCCGCAGCAUCUCAGUACGAAUUCGCUCCGGUGAAAUCCUUUUUCUGCAGGAUCCGGGGAGGCCAAGACACAGAGCAAGAGAAGCAUUACUGCCCAUUCUGGAUUAUCCGCUCUGUGAUGCACGUGCAUCGCUCUCCCCAGCCGGAAUCUGAGCCCUGCUGCCUCCCGCUGGUGGGGAGGAUUCACUCUGGUUAUGAAGCUCCUCGAAUCCCGGUGGAUAAAAGAAUUUUCACCACGACACACACCCCAGGGUGUGUCUUUCUUGAAACAGAUGAAAGAGCGGGGCCUCUGCUGGGUUACCUACGUCAGGAUCUGAUGGGAACGUCUGUCUUGGCGUUUCUGCACCCAGAAGAUCGUUCUCUCAUGCUCGCUGUACACCAGAAAGUCUCAAAGUACGCAGGCCACCCUCCCUUUGAACACUCAUCCAUUCGAUUUUGUACUCAAAACGGAGAUGACGUCAUCCUGGACUCCAGCUGGUCCAGCUUUGUGAGCCUGAGCUGGAAGGUGUCUUUCAUCAUGGGUGGGCAUAAAGUUUGAACGAGUCCACUGAAUGAGGAUGUUUUUGCUACCAGAAAGAGAAAGGCCAACAGUAAUGACAAAGACAUAACAGAAUUACAAGAACAAAUUCACAGACUCCUCUUACAGCCGGUUCCCGCGAGCGCCGCCAGCGGCUAUGGAAGCCUGGGCAGCCUCGCGUCGUCCAGUGAGUCCAGCGGGACCCGCGCCCAGGCGGCGCGCAGGGAACCGGUGACUUUGCAGCAGGUGUAUGCCAGUGUAAACAAAAUUAAGAAUCCGGGUCAGCAGCUCUACAUUGAGUCAGUGGCCAAGUCACCAGAUAAGCGAGCGAGGGGGACGCGCACGGGACGGCCGGUGAGCCAGCAGGGCAGCCCCCAACCUCCGCCCACGGUUCUGCCCUCUUCUGCGUGGGCGUGGCGCGUGCCAGCACAAAGCACUGCCACCUUUCACAUUGACUUGUCCAGAUGCCCCGCUAUCCAGUAUGGUGCCGAUAGCCACACCCUAAAUUCCAAUGAGCAGAAGGCCUCAUCUACCUUCCAGACAUUGAAAAACAAUAGUGUGCCCACAGAGUCUUGUGAAAAUUGGAGAAAAGACCAGCAUAGCCCAUCAUAUCAGCAAAUAAACUGCAUUGACAGUGUUAUCAGAUACCUGAAGAGCUGCCACAUUCCAGCUUUGAAAAGAAGGUGCAUAUCCUGUACCAAUACACCCUCUUCAUCCUCAGAAAGACAAAACCACAAGGCAAAUGAUGCCAAAGCCUUGCACACUGUGUCUCCGAUCGCAGCCACAGCUAACCUGGAGAUGCCGACCGCCAGGUGGGCCGCACACGCUGCAGGAGGCGCUCGGCGGACCCUGGCCGGGGCGCUGAGCCUGGGCUCUGGCGUGAGCCAGUGCAGCCACAGCAGCACCAUCGUCCAUGCCCCGCCACCAGAGUCAGGUGCCACGCUUACGUUCCGCUCUAAAGUACACUCGGCUUUGAUAGGAAGAAGUGACAGCAGGAUAUACAUGGCUAGUAGUGAUUAUUCUCCCGAAAUCACCUCGCACAGGCAGCAGUCUCAGGACGUACACAAAAAAGAAGCAUUUCCCAGUUUAGCUGAAGAGUCCAUGUGGAGAAUGAUAAAACAGACUCCUGAGUGCAUUCUAAUGACAUAUCAGGUACCUGAGAGGGUGACAGAGGCUGUGCUGAGAGAGGACCUGGAGAAGCUGGCGGGCAUGUAGGGGCGGCAGCCCCGGUUCUCACGCGGGCAGAGGGAGGAGCUGGCCAAGGUGCACUCUUGGAUUCAGAGCCAGACUAUCCCUCGAGGAAUAGACAUCCAAGUAAGCACAGUGGCAGCAGCUGUCCUAUAUGAUGUUUUUCUGUGCCAGGCAGUGCCCGAGGCACUUAAUACACAUUGCAUGAUCCCGCUGAAAAUUACAGCCCUCAGAGAUGUUUCUGCUUUACCAAAAACAACAAAGUAAUGUGUACAGAUAUUAAAUAAUUUAUAUAUGGUUGCACAGUCCUUCUGGUUUUGAAUACAGGCCUUUUGGACUGCAAGUGUGUUUCCUGUUUGGAGUGUUAUGGGGCACCUGCUUUGAUGUCUGAUUGAUGGGGCGGGGGGAAGGAAUAAGAGAUUUGCAUUUCAGAUAGGCACGUGUGUUUGAAGGGAGCUACACCUCAAGAUGUGGGAUUCACACGAGAGGUAGGAUCCUAUCUAGCAGGAGUUUCCGUGAGACCCAGGUGGUCUUCUGCUGUUACAAGAUCUUCUCAAUGAGAUCACAUGUGAGUGGCCUGGCCAGCGGAGCUCUGAUUUGCCAGUGGUCCUCGUGGCAGCUCCGUGGAACACUUGUGACAGUUGUACCAGGAAUGAGCCCUUCAUUCCCUCGAGUGUCAAGCUGCGGAUGUGGGAGGUGACAAUGUGUGAAGUUAAAAACUUCACAAGAAAGCUAGGUGUUCAGAACAGUGUGGUGUUAAGGCUUCUGAAGUAAACAGGUGCUAGAAUCCCCCCUCCUCCUUUUUAGAGAAUAGAAUGUGUUCCCGCGACUUAAGGCUGGUUAGAGGUGGCAUUGCUGAAAAGCAGGAGCUGAGCCCGUUACUCAUUUCGGGUGUCUUCAUUCUUAAAAUACUAUUUUUGUGGGUUUUGAGUAGGAGAGUCCAUGAAUGAGCCCCAAAGCAACUAAGCGGAAGUGUGUAAACAAUAAUUAGGAACGAACUGUCACAUAGGCUCUUCUGAGACAUGAACUGAAUAAAUUGGGUACUAGACAUAAGGUGCUUGGCCAGCACUUCACUGAUUUUAAACUUUCCGGAUGACGUUACGUCCUGCCGCCCGUCUUGUUCUUUCUCGGAGGGCUGCGCCCCUUGGAAAGCCCGGGCUCCCUGGGCGCCGCUGCGCAGUCCUGUGGUCAAGCUCCGGCAGCGAACAGUGUCGGGGAGCCGUGGACGCGCACCCGCGGGGACCCGCUGGACAACCAGACCUCCUCGUGCGUCUCUUUAAACCCCUGACUCUUAGUGACCAUGAAGUUGUCACUGAAUGUUAAGGUUUUCCCUUGUUGAUUUUUUAAUAAGCAUCAUUUUUCGGAAGCAGAUGUCGUAUAUAUGGUCUUUAAUGUCCGUGCUCCUGGUGUGUUAAAGCUGUUAGGUAGGUGUUUGUUCUAGUUUCGCUGUUCUCGGAGGAGACCAGACGGCCUCUAGAGAGGUGUGUGCACAGGCGGCACCCGAACCCCACGGUAGUCAGAAGUACAGGUAGAAAUAGCCCCGAACCUUCGCCUCCUUUGUUUCGUUCUGUUGUUACAGAGUUCAUUUUCCCUGUGAGAGGUCUUGACAUCCCACCUGCAGGCCAUCUACUCUUCAGAACGGUUCCCAGAAAUGUAGUACUUUCAUCUGGUCCUUGCGCAGCUUGGCGCUUCCCUCCGUGAUUCAGAUGAAAUGUUCUCCUUUGCCCACAGCACGAGUCCCCCCGUAUUUACCAGUAGUAAAAAAUACCGCCCAUCAGUACACCGGAAAUACCUGCUUGUUGGGGUCGGAUUUUGAGCUUUGUUCUUGUAGAUGCCUUUCCUUUUAAUUUUCCACCUUCCCCUGAAAUUCCCGAAGUCCUACCUUAACAGUCAGUCUGCUUACCAAGAGCUUAUUCCUUGGAGAGCUGAAGUUAGCUUUUGCAUGUGUGACGUUAAAACAGAAAGAGCUCCUCACUCAACCGGUGGUAUUCCCCUUUCUAAUGUUUUUGUUUUUAAAAUAAUGACUAAAAAGUUUCAGAAGUCAUGUAAAAAAUAAUUAUUCUUUUAUGCCUCAGUGUUUAAAUGUCGUCUCACCCAGAAUUAACAGUUAACUCUUUCUUUCCAACCAGUUUACACACAGAGGUCUGGCCAUCUUUGGGGGAGGUCUGUAAGUGCCGUGACGGGCUGUGUGGGGACAGCAGCAGUCCGCGGGAUCUCCGCUGUCCUCGCAGGGGUGCGAAGUGGGCAAAGAUCAGUGCUUCCUACGCUGGCCGUAAUUGUGUCUCCUAGGAAGCGAGUGGGUUGUUUACUUGAUAAGUUAGCUCCCUGUUCUUUAGAGAAGUUCAUGAUUCCUGCCCUGACUCAGAAUGACGUAUGACCUACGCAGACCAGAAAGGACUAGAAGCAAGUGAAGGAGCAGUAACCUUUUAUCUUUUAUAUAACAGACUGAUUUUUCUUUUUUUGUUGUUUGUUUUGUUGUUUUAAGAAAACACUCUUCCUCGUUUCAAGUUUUAUGGUUUUUUAUAAAAGUGCAUCCUGAUGAUAAUUAGGAGACUCAAUCUUUUUAUCCAUGAUUCCAUGGUGACUACUGGGCCCUGAUUCUCACUUCCCGUAGCUCGGGUUUCCUUCCUAAAGUAGGUUUUCCUGGAAGGUAAUUCUGUGUGUUGGAGCCAUCUUCAAACGCUAAGCUGUUCCAUGCAGAUAUUCCAGUGUUAGACUGGGGAGCUCGUACUCUACUGCAUGCUGAUGGCUGAGUGGUUCCCGAGCUCUUGUGUUGGUCAGUGUGCUCAUCGUGACCUUCUGCCGGGACAGAAAUUUUAAUUUGUUCAAUCAGAAAUGACGUGUGGCUGUCAGAGGUCACUCGGCUUCGUGCAGCACGUUUUAUACCGUAUGUUCUCCAAUCAUGGAAGCACCUCUUUUUUAUUCUUUCCUGGAUAUUGAUUUUAUCUGAAUUUGCUGAUCUCUUUGCCUUAGUACACAUUUUACAGAGGGCGUAUUAUGCCAGACUUGAUAUGAAACCGGUGCUUGUUGUAGGCAGAUCUGUAAUACCGUUUAUAACUUUCUCUGUUGACAAGUAGAUUAUUUAGGGAUUGGACCGCGACGCUCGCACUGCCGGAGGGGAGAGAGGAGCUCAGCAGUGACGCUGCUGCCCCCCCCGGGGGGGGGCUGUACCCACUUUCACACUUUGCUGUUCAAGUUUAUUAACUUUUUGUAUUAAUAACUAAGAAAUUGGUAAUAAAAAUGUGUAUUAUAGGCUCCAAUGUUUACACAAAUGUUACCCAAAAGGCUGCAUUUUCUUGGGUAUGAGGUCAGGAUUUAUGAAAAACAGAAUGUGUGAGCAGAGUUGUUGUGCAGUUAAGUAAAACAUUAUAAUUCCCGAGGUAAAUUUAAUCUAAAUUGAAAUUUUGUUUCAACUGAAUUUGUAAUUGUGUGAAUUUACUUAUUUUUAAUGAUUAUUAAUAUUUCAAUCAGGUAUCUUUUUCAAGUAAAAACAAACUGCGUACAUGUAGAACUUGAGUUAUUUUUGCACUGUGUCAAUAAACCUUUGCCCUGAAUAUGUA